AUGAACAAACGUUUGGCAUUUGCCAUCGUUGCGGCUGCUUUGUGGUCAUCUUUUCAACAUGGUUACAAUAUAGGAGUUGUCAAUGCUCCCGAAAGGUUGAUAGAGGAAUGGAUUUACGAUUUAGAAUCGAAUAGAACGGAUACGAUAGUCGAACAAAGUCAAGUCACCAUUAUAUGGUCGAUAGCUGUGUCUAUUUUUUGCGCCGGAGGUAUGAUAGGAGCCUGCAGUACCAGUUACGUUGCCGAAAAAUUUGGUAGAAAGGGUGGACUGUUGCUGAACAAUAUAUUUGUCCUCAUUGCAACCGUUUGUCAAGGAUGUGCCAAAUCGUCAAAUUCAUACGAGCUGUUAAUUUUGGGAAGGUUUGCUAUCGGUAUCAAUUCAGGUUUAAAUGCAGGUUUGGCUCCAUUGUAUUUAACCGAAAUAUCUCCAGUGAGAUUGAGAGGAGCGGUGGGAACCGUGUACCAACUAGGUAUAACAAUAUCAAUUUUAAUAUCACAAAUUUUGGGUUCGGAAUCCGUUUUGGGAACUGAAGAACUUUGGCCCGUUUUAUUAGCCCUCACAAUCGUUCCAGGAAUAUUACAAUUGAUAUCAUUACCGUUUUGUCCGGAAACUCCAAAAUAUUUAUUGAUAACAAAAGGAAAGGAAUUAGAAGCUCAAAAGGCACUACUAUGGCUGAGAGAUUCGACAGAAGUACAUGACGAAAUGGAUGAAAUGAGAUCUGAACAUGAAAAAAUGAAAUUGGUACCAACGGUGACAUUUAGAGAAAUGUUUACGAACGAAGCACUCAGAAUACCUUUAAUCAUAGCCAUUGUUGUAAUGAUAGGUCAACAGCUUUCGGGUAUCAAUGCUGUCAUGUUUUUUUCAACCAAAAUAUUCAAAAUGAGUAAUUUGACAGAUGAAAGUGCACAAUAUGCAACCAUUGCUAUGGGUACAUGUAAUGUGGCAAUGACGGUUGUCUCGUUGGUACUAGUGGAAAAGGCAGGAAGGAAAACACUUCUUCUCAUCGGUUUCGUUGGAAUGUUUUUUAUUGCAUUAAUAUUAACGAUUUGUUUGGCUUUUGCUGAAAAAUCAAUUGUCGUGUCAUAUCUUUGCAUACUUUUGGUACUACUCUUCGUGAUUACGUUCGCAGUUGGACCUGGAUCCAUACCUUGGUUUUUAGUGACAGAAUUAUUCAAUCAAGGAGCAAGACCAGCAGCAACAUCAAUUGCUGUUGCUGUCAAUUGGACGGCUAAUUUUCUAGUAGGAUUAGGAUUUUUACCCUUACAAGAAUUGAUAAGAGAAUAUGUUUUCAUAGUAUUUGCUAUUUUCUUAAUAUUUUUCAUACUUUUCGUAUGGAAAAAACUUCCAGAAACUAAAAAUAAACCAAUCGAAGAAAUUUCAGCCAUGUUCAGACAGAUAUCAUAUCAAUAA